AUAUAAAAAUUAUCGUAAUAAAAAAUCUUACGUGGAAAUAAAAAUUUCGCAGUAUUCUUGUUACGCACAAUAACGAAAGUUAAUAAUAAUAUAAACGAUAAACGAUGUGAACGUCGAGUUUAUCGAAAAUUGAACGUUGCAUUACGGACUCGCUUAUUCGUAAGCAUGUACAUGACGACGUCGAGUGUUGUCUACGGCUAAAUAAACAAGCAGGUGAUUAAUACUGACACGUGUUGAUCCGCGUCAAAGUCGCCGCGUCGUCCUCGUCUCCGUCUACAGAUAGACGACACAGACGAAAGUCGAGAGAGAGAGGUAGACAAUUAUGAGUGAAAUGGCAAGUGUCGAUCAGCAACAGCAGCAGCAACAGUACGUGGGUAGCAGCGCGAGCGCUGAGCACCACUGCAAGGACUGUGGCCUCUAUUUUGAGAGUGACAAGAGCUUGGAGGUCCACGUGCGUUAUCACCAGGAGAAUUUGCUCAGCCAGUGGGCCAGCCAGGCGCAGCAGGAAGAGAGCAACAACAACAACAGCAAGGCUGGGAAUCACAACAGCCACGUGACAGUGAAGCGAGAAAGCAUCACAGCGCCGGCCGAUUCCAGCGAGCCUUCCUCGAGGCCGCCGUCCGAGGGACCGUCGCCGGCGCAGCAAAAUGGACCACCGUCCGGCAUCCAGCCACAGCAGCAGCAGCAGCAGCAACAGCAGCAACAGCAGCAACAGCAGCAGCAACAGCAGCAACAGCAACAGCAACAGCAGCCGCCGACCUCCCAGUCCUUCAGCCACUACCAAACGCCGAUGUUCCACGAGACGAGCUACUUCAUGCAAAACGAACCCGCUUACAUCAUUCCCCACGAGUACUCGCCCAGUCACGAACCUGAUACGCAAACCGGCUACAGGUAUCAUCCCUACCAGCAUCCCCAGCAUUAUCCUCCGGAAAGGGCCAACUCCGUGAGCUCCACGAGCCCCAGGAGCCCCUUGCAGUGCGACAAGUGCGGCGCUGUUUUCGAAAAUGCAAGCCUGCUGGGUGAGCACGUUCGUGCCAAUCACCCGACAUCUCCCGGCGGUUAUCCCGGUCAGCCGCAAUAUCAGCAGAUCGGUAAUAGUCCGUCGCAGCAGGGUCAGCAGCAGCAGCAGCAACAACAACAGCAGCAACAGCAGCAACAGCAAUUGCACGCGUCACCGCCUCAGGCUGCGAAUACGCAGCAGCAACAGCAACAGCAACAACCGGCUGGCUACGACUAUAACAACGGGCGUGUGAUAAAACAGGAGGUGAAACAGGAGCCUGAAGAGCAAGCCGAGAUCCUCGAUCUCGACUCGCACAAGGUGCAGACGCAUCGCUAUGAGGAGGAACUGAUGAGACUGCAUCAACAACAGCAACAAGAAAUGCAGAUGCAGCUGCACCAACAGCAGCAGCAGCAGCAACAACAACAACAGCAACAGCAACAGGCGAUGCAGCAUUCGGGGAGAGGUGGACCGCACUCGGUGAGUUCUAUGUUAGGAUGGCCUUCCGCACAGCCUCACGAGUACCAUCCUGGUGUAUCGCCGAUGCCGCCAAUGGGACCGAUGGACAACGUGUCACCGAUACCUGACCAAAGCCAGUUCCUGAGGGCGCAGCACAUGGCGGUAGAAUCGCCGAGGCAUCCGGGAUCGCCGAUAAUAACCAGCACGCAACAGAUGCCGACCCAUCAGCUAUCCGGCAUUCUACAGCAGCCCCCUAAACCACCGCCGGUAACAAAUCAGUCGUGGAAGAGCAACGAGGCGCGCAGACCAAAGACUUACAAUUGCACGGCGUGCAACAAGUGGUUCACCAGCUCGGGCCACCUGAAGCGUCACUACAACACGACGCUGCACAAGAACGCGGUUAAGCAGAGCGGGCAGCCCGACCCAGCGAACAUGCCGAUCAGCGCCCAUCAUCAUCCCGGCAGAGACCCGGUAAUGGGAUCGGGAAGGGGGCCGCCUAGGUCGCCGGAACUAUCUUCUUCGGGGAGUCCCCCAAACUUGAUGGCAGGUCCCUCGGGCGAGGCGGCGAGGGGCCUGCUCCACACGCCCACCCUCUACACCAGCAGCAAUUCCAACAGCAGCGAAUCUUCGGCAACCAUCCAGCAGCAACCGCCUACAACAAUCCACAUCCCAUCCACAAUGGUACCCCUCAAUUCCCCGGUACCAUCGCCAAUGGCGGGCCACCACCACCCCCACCACCAGCACCAGCAGCACCACCACCAGCACCAAAUGGGUUCGCCAUCGCAAAUGGGGGCCCACCACCCCAUGAAUUCACCCAUGUCGCCCAUGGGGGUCCACCCGCACCUGAAUUCACCUUCGCCAAUGGCCUCCCAUCCGCACAUGACUUCACCAUCUCCAAUAAUGGGGGCGCCAAUGAGUUCGCCGCCGAUGGGGGGUACUUCGAUGCCUCAUCAGCCGUACCCAAACGCCUUGCCCCCCCACGUUACAACUACUACCAGCAUCCCGGGUCUACUGGAGUCUAUCACCAGCCAACUAACUACUAUUGGUAACGACCCCAGAGCCCAGCAACAGCAGCAGCAGCAACACCAACAGCAGCAGCAGCAGCAGCAGCAGCAAAGCCAUGAGAUGCUACCCGGUUUUGGGACCUUCAGCAAUCACCAGAGGCCCCUGCCGAGCUUUACCCAGUUCGGUAUCACCGGGUUUUUUAUAGGCCAGAACCAACCGCAGGCCGUUAACGUGGGGGGGCUAAGUCCGGAGGAAAGCCUUCCUCAAGACAGAUCCUUCGAUUCCCCAGGAUCAAACUACGAUCCCUACAGAAACUCGCCACCCAGGUACGAGUCCCUGACCGCCAUGGAAGUCGUCCAAGAACCCGAUCCCCUUGUCAUCACGCAGUUCGAUCCUCGCCAUCAGCAGCAGCAGCAGCAACAGCAGCAGCCGCAGCAACAGCAACAGCAACAGCAGCGUCAACCGAAGACCGUGGAGGCCAACAACAAUCUGCCUCAAGGUAAGAGGGAAGCGAGUCCGAUAAUGGUCAAGGACGAGGUUACGGAUGAAAAAAAGUCCCCACUGAUAACCAAGGAGCAUCAAGUGACGAGCACGAAUACCGGUUCGCACUACAUCUCGCAAGACGGGUUUCACAAGUGCAUCGAGUGCGACAAGGUCUUCAACAAGGCCUGUUACUUGACACAGCACAACAAAAGCUUUCAUUCGGGUGACAAACCGUUCAAAUGCAACCAGUGUGGCAAGAGAUUUCCCCUCGAGUACCUGCACGCCGAACACUUACAGAAGCACGCCGGUGACAAGCCCUACAAGUGCGAGAUAUGCCCGAAACAGUUCAAUCACAAGACCGAUCUCAGGCGGCACAUGUGCCUUCACACGGGUGAGAAACCCUACGCCUGCGACACCUGCGGCAAGGGGUUCAUAAGGAAGGAUCACAUGAUGAAACACUUGGAGACUCACAAAAAGAAGAACAAUCAUCACGGUCAACACAAUCAACACGGUGCUCAGCGUUUGAACGCGUAACGCAAGGACCCGACGGGCGCUGUUCGAUCUUCCUUCACCCCUGACUCCCCUCCCCCUGUAUUUAUUAUUCCUUCGCAAUUGCCCGAAAUUGUUAUCCUGGCUGCGAGCCAGCUGAGAGCGCGUUGCCGCCACGAGUCAAGAUUCUCAAAACUCUUGCAAACGUACCAAAGGAGAGCCGGAACUAGGAGGUGUAGGUUGAAAUUUUUGUGGAGAUUGAGAAAAAAAAAAUUAAAUAAACAAUAAUUGAGUCUAAAUAAAUGAAUAUACAAAAUAGAGAAUAAGAAUAGACGUAUGUGGGCAGUUUGCGAGCCGCAUGAAAUAGUUGCUGAAACGUGGCGAUAACGGUUCUCGGACUACAUAUAUUGAUUUUGCUCAACGACAUUUAUUAUUUCAUAAAAUAAUUGCUGCGUAUUUCAAAACCGCUCUUCAAAUGGAAUUACGUUAAUCGAACGUUGCCGUCACUGGGACCGGUGUUUUGCGCGUAUCCUUAUCUGCACGACUUUCAAUUGGUUGAAGGGAAAAAUAACGAAACGAAAUAGGCAGAAGAAUGAAGUAGCUUUAUUGUUAGACUGGAAUGCAAAUACAACGUAAGUCUGCAAUUUUCCAUUGGCAUCAUUCGGG